AUGCUGUUACUUGAACAGCCAGCUACGGGACAACUAUUACAAACAUACUUGAAUGAACAUAAUUUUAAUGUUGAAAAACAAACUGAAACCAUAGAUUUCAUAGAUGUAGAUUCAAAGAAUGAUAAUGAAGUUCAAGUUAUGUUAUCAACUAGUGAAAUUAUUCAAAUAAAAUAUACUUGUAUUACUUAUCGUUCAUCAAAUGUUUAUGAUUAUGGCAUAUCAAUAGGAAGUUCUCAUCAAACUACACCACAACCUGGUGAUCGUUUUCCUUAUGUUAUUUUUAGUCCAUGUUAUUAUCAUUUAAUUCUAUUUGAAAAUCAACAAUUAACAAAAGUAAAUCAAUUUGUUGAAUUCAUCAAGAAAGCAUAUUCGAAAAUGAUUCAAAUUCAUGAUAGCAAUGAAGAAAAGAUUCCAUUGCGAUUUGGCGGUGCUAUUCUUAUUCGACCUGAUGGAUAUAUUGUUUAUCGCACAAAUAUAUUUGAUAUAAAACAUUUUCAAUGA